GUAACCGCAGUGGCGUCAACAUCGCGUCCUCUCAUUGGUUCAUGUGUUUGCUCACGCUCCACGGCGCAAGCUGAUUCGAGUUCCUCUGUGUUGUCUUCUUAAAAACAUACAGAAAUCCACAGUUUCAUACAUCGACCUUGAACUGCACCAUGAGAUUAUAUCCUGACGAAUAUUUCCGAUACAUACAGACAUGAAAGUGAAGAUUGGAUCAACAUGCCUCUCCAAGACAGAAAGUCUAGAGGUCCAACCAGAUCACACCCUAAACCCAAAGACAAGGAGCUUUUUGAUCUUAAAAGACUUUUAGCAUUGAUCACAGCUCCUGUAUCCAGACAACAGGUUUCCAGAGGACAAAAGUUACAGAUCUCCUCAAAUGUUCAUGACAGCCGUAAGAACGGUCCGAUCACUGAAGCGUCUGAGCUGGAUAACUUCAGCGUGACUUAUCGAAACCAGAGAUGUUUUAGUGAGCGACCACAUCAUAAGGUUUUCUUGGAGAUCUUCACAGCCUUAAUCAAGAACAGACUUGGUUUCAGUGAGUGGUUGGAGAUUUCUUCAUCCGACGGUGUUCUGAGAGUUUUAAACUGCUUGAGAUUAUUCAUCAGAGAUCCGGUUUAUCAGAAAGUCUUCUUUGAACUUGAGGGGGCUGGACAGCUUGCUAAGUAUAUGGAGUCUGUGGCCACGGUGUAUCUUGAAUGUAGAGAACAGACACUGGACAUUGAGCAGCUGGUCGCCAUGACAUAUAUGUUUCAGAAAUUGUCUUCAGUUGAGGAACAGAGACGGUGGAUUAUUAACUGUGGGGCACAUAAGACCUUAGUAAAGCUGCUGUCUAUGCGGGACAGCGGUGUGAUAUUAGGAGCCCUGCUGGCACUCACCACACUAGCUGAAAGUCAAGAAUGUAAAGAGAAGAUCGGAGAGCUGUCUAUUGUGGAGCAUCUUCUAGUUGUGUUACAAGAAUAUGACAUGUUGUCUAAAAGGUUGAGCGCAGAGCUGCUGAGGUUGUUGUGUGCCGUACAGUGCGUGAGGGAACAGGUGCGCCAUUGCGACGGUGUUCCCGUGCUCCUCAGUCUCCUGCACGCUGACCACGUAAAGCUGCUGUGGAGCACCGUAUGGGUCCUCGUGCAGCUGUGUCAGGAUCCGGAUGCCAGCGCUGAGAUCCGAGCCUGGGGUGGUGUGCAGCAACUCCUGCGAAUCUUGCAUGGAGAGCGAGUCUACGUGUCGGAUCGUUCCACAAUAGACACGAUCUCUAGUGCCAACGCAGCGGGCAGGAUACACAGACAGUAUGUGAAGGCAGAGGUCAGCACUCAGGAGACAGCAGAGAAUAUCAUGAAUCUUCAGGCAGCAUGCUGUGCGGCGAUCACUGAGCUCGUAUUGGAUGACACGACAGCACAUAAUGUAGUUCAGGAGAAUGGAGUGUACAUAAUCGGCAAACUGAUUUUGCCACAAAGCUUUAACGGACCUCAGGCAAAAUCUCUACAGUGUUAUGCUUUUAGGGCUCUGCGGUUCCUUUUUAGUAUGGAACGCAAUAGACAUCAUUUUAAAAGACUCUUUUCCCCAGAGCUGUUUGGGAUGUUUAUUGAUGUUGGACAUUAUGUAAGAGACAUUUCUGCAUAUGAACCUCUGCAAGAAAAAAUCUCACUUCUUUCGAAGGACGAAUUGGAUGUUCUCAAGGAAAACAUAGAGACAGUGAAUCAGAAUCGACCUCCUUUGAGAGUUAUUAAUGGUUACGCUGUUCUGGAUCAUCUGGGCAGUGGUGCAUUUGGCAGCGUCUAUAAGGUCCGUAAGCAGAGUGGGCAGAAUUAUCUCGCACUGAAGGAAGUGAACUUUCACAAUCCUGCUUUUGGCAAGGACACGCGCUCCAGAGACAGCAGCGUGGAGAAGAUCGUCUCUGAGCUGACCAUCAUUAAAGAACAGAUGUCACACCCGAACAUUGUAAAAUACUUUAAGACAUUUUUAGAAACUGACAAACUCUACAUUGUGAUGGAGCUCAUCGUUGGAGCGCCGCUGGCUGAACAUUUCAAUUCUCUCAAAGAGAAACAGCAGACGUUUACUGAAGAAAGAGUCUGGAAUAUUUUUAUACAGAUAUGUCUGGCUUUAAGAUACUUACACAAAGAGAAACGGAUCGUCCACCGUGAUCUUACUCCUAAUAAUAUCAUGCUCGGAGAGAGAGAUAAAGUCACCCUCACUGAUUUUGGUCUUGCAAAGCAGAAACAGGAGAACAGCAAGCUGACGUCAGUCGUUGGAACAAUACUGUACUGCUGUCCAGAGAUCGUGAAGAACGAGCCGUAUGGUGAGAAAGCAGAUGUUUGGGCUACAGGUUGUAUCCUCUAUCAGAUGGUCACCCUCACUCCUCCUUUCUGCAGUGCAAACAUGCUCUCACUCGCUACUAAGAUUGUGGAAGCAAUGUAUGAGCCAAUAAAGGAUGAUGCUUUCUCUGAGAGAGUUACACACAUGAUUCAAUGGUGCUUGACUCCGAACCCAAACAUGCGUCCUGACAUCAUUGAGGUCAGUUCCCGAAUUUCUGACAUCAUGAUGAGGUUUGUGGACGGUCUGUGUGCAUCCCAUAAUUCAUUAGAGAGAAGAGCAGAGCGUGACCGAAAGAGAGCACAGAAGUAUUUCCUGGAGAGUAACAGGACCAGGAUGUGCGGCCCACAACAGAGCAUGAGCCUUAAAGUACAAGAUGAUCAAGAUGGACCACAGACACAGAGUUUUGAAACAUCUUCAUCUGUUUUAGAGGAAGAAGAUCAGAGCCGAGAAAAUGCCCAGUGUGAUGUCAAGUGUUCAGAUGAGCUAAACCUGGUCAGCAGUGAGGGCUUUCAGAAGGGAAAAUCUCGACCAGCAUCGGCAGGCAUCUGUUUGUCACAGAGAAAAGUUCGACAGAUUGAUGAUCCGAACCAAAGACUUCUGGAGCUUCUGCAUAAGAUUGUGUUCAUAACUCAGCUUCCACCUGCUCCCCAAACCAGCUUCAAACAGCGAACGAUCGAGCGCUUUAAGAAACCAUUGUUUUCUCAUGGAAGUGAUCCAUACAAUCUAAAGCUGGAGCUCAAUAAGGUGCUUCAGGGAAGCCAGGAGUUGGUAGAGAUGACCUCAGCAAGCAGGGAAUGGUGGUCCAUGAUCCAAUCUCUUGGUUCAGAACCUUCUGCAGCCGACAGUCGAGGGGAUUCAGGGUAUUGUGGUCUUCAAGAUGGACUCACCUAUGAGGACAUACAGAGCAUCCUAGAGGAGUUACUGGAGGAGAACGGUUAUUACAACCGAGCUCUGAGCAGGGGCAGGCUUGAUUCUGGAGGAGAAUCGAGAAGUCACACCUCGUGACCUGCGUGACAUCAGUGAUUAACAUCUGAUGCAUUCAUGAGAUGCAACAGCCUGGCAGCAACCCCUCAGGUCAACACAUGCAAGGACGACCUAAACAGAAUUACAUAUUAAGCUAUAAGAUGAGUUUAUACCUAACUAUAGGCUGUAUAUAAAGAGCUCAGAUGCAAAA